AUACAAGAUGAUGAUGGACAAGUGGAAAGGGGACAAAACAGCAUCCCCAGAAACGCUGGCGAGACGGAUCCUUACGGAUGAGGAAUUUCUUAAGGGACUUCAAAGGAGAGUAGCUUCGAGAGUGCUUGCAACAACACUAGCCAUGGUGGAGCAGGGCAUGGAGGAGGCCAAUGUUGAAUAUAAGAGGACAUUGGCCAAAAACAAGAAAGCCCUCGACAAACUCAAGUAAUUCAGGCGCCAUAUGGUGGGAUGGGAAAGAG